UCUGUUCUUCUCUGCUUAUUCAUUCAGGGAUCGGAUUACAUGUGAUGUUCUUCAUGCCAAAUCUCUGUUAACUCUCUCUGUGUUGUGUCAAAUAUGACGAGACUAAAAGAUCUUCGUAUCAAGCUCAAGGCAACGACGCUGAGCAAAUUCCUGAUUAAAUACGGAAGCAGGAGGAGGUCAGGGAAAACAGAGAAUGCGAAGAAGAGGGCAAAGUGGCUGAAUCACGUGUCGCACGGUUAUCACGCUGUCCCGUCGCCAAAAGAGCAGUACACGCAUGGGGAUAGUGUGAUCAGUGAUGUUUCAGAUUCUGUUGUGGUGCAGAGGGAAGGAUCACAACAAUGUGAAUUAUGGUUUUUUGGGGUUUUCGACCAUACUCACCUAAGCAAUGCAAUCACCAACUAUCUGCACUCCAAUUUCUUCCAGAACUUGCCUCCACAGCCAUUAAUGGAAAAGCAGGGGAAGGAAGCCAUGAAAAGGGCUCAUCAGAGUGCAAUAUCAAAUCUCCACGGUGUAAACCAGGAAGAGGAGGAGGCAUUAUAUCCGACGACAGGGUCGGCAUCAGCCAUGGUGAUCAAUGGGGAGAAGCUUGUGAUGGCGAACAUGGGCGCGUGCCGAGCAGUGGUGUGCAGGGACGGAGAGGCCUAUGGCAUCGGGGCAACAAAAUUUUGGCCUAAAACAUCACAUUGGUCUCUGGAAUUCAUUUCAGGUUUUCUACGUGUGUCUAAAGAUUACAAGAAUGGAAAUCCUUCCAGAAGCUCACAGUUGAUGAUUGGAUCCGAAAGAAUCGAUCCUGAAAUUGAGUUUGUCAUAUUGGCAAGUGCCGGAAUCUGGGAGGUAAUGAAGAAUCAAGAGGCAGUGAACCUGAUAAGGCAUAUCGAAGAUCCACAAGCAGCUGCAGAAUGUUUGGCUACUGAGGCUUUAACAAGAUUUGCGAGAGCCACCAUUGCCUGCUUAAUAAUCCGGUUCGACUACAACUUUUCAUGAUCAAAUAACUUAAGGUUGUCUAAUUUUUGAGGUAUUUAUAGUAUUGAUGGCAUCUUUCCUAAUCUCCUUUUUGUUUUUUUGUUUCACUCUAUUUAACAUAAUUGAC